AUGCUUCUCGCCGGCCUCGUUCGAUAUGCAGAUGACGCGGCUGGGCUGGAAAAGCUGCUGAGACUGUUGCAAGGCUUCUGCACCAUCGCAUGCGGGCUGCCGGCGUUUGCUGACGACGUCGACACGGUGCUCAAAUUGCGAGCGCAGUUCGCUCUGGGCCGACGCUACUUCCGCUUCUUGAAAUGGCAUCCGUGCUGGGUGGCCGCUUUGCACGCCUUCCGCAAGCAGCAGGCGCCUGUGAUCACGCUCCUUGAAGUUGGCAAAUGCUCCUUCCUGGGCCUCUACUUCUUCCUCGAGAUGGGAAGCAUCGGCAAUGCACUCGGCGUCUCCGCGUCAGAAUGGGCGGCAAACGUGCAAAGAGAAGCCAACAAAGCCUGGUUCUACGCCCUCGUACUCUCCAUCAUCCUCGGCCUAUGGCAGAUCGCAUCCCGAAUCUUGUCGGCCACCGCCAAAGCGCCCACGCAAAUUGACGAAACGCCGGAGCAGAAGCCGGCCGUCGUGACGCCUGCAAUCGACUCCCGCGUCUAUACACAGCUGAUCAUUGACUGCUGCGACCUGUUCAUUCCCGGCUCUGCCGUGGGCUGGAUCCCCGUCGGCCUGGUCUUCGUCGGCUCGGCCAGCACUGUGUCAUCUCUCCUGGCAGGUCGGCAAAUCUGGAAUCGCCUAGUCCUACAGCAACGAGCAUCUUAA